AUGAAAAGUAUUGGUGACUGUAAGAUAGUGCCUGAGUCCCAGGAAACCCCAGGCCAUGGAAGCCUUGUACAGGAUCUCUGCAAGGACACUGAAGGAAAGGAUUGUGGGAAUGAAUUCUUGAAAGAGUUUCCAGUUCCCAAGUUUGACAUCAUUUUGCCAUUAAAGCAAGAAAGGGAAUGCUGGGCCCCAAAUCUCCAGAGCUCUGAGGAAAUAAAGAAUAAUCCAAGAGGAUCCCACACAGGUGAAGAACAAGUAAGGUCUAGCCCAGCAUUUUCUAGGAAAGAAAUGAAAAGCUGGGAGGAGCAGAAACAGUGUGAUGGAGCAGCCCCAAAAGUUUCUGGGGUCCUCUGGAGCUAUGAGGAAACCAUGACAUUCCUUGCAAUCCUUGGUGAACCCCAGUUCUCAAAAAAAUUCCAAUCUCGUCGUCUAAACCGCCAAGUAUACCGAGCAGUAGCUGAACGUCUAAAGGAACAGGGUUUCUUGCGAACAUUGGAGCAGUGCCGCUAUAGGUUCAAAAACCUCCAGACAAGUUACCAAAAAGCAAAGACUAGCAGAGCCCCCGAGUCCUGUGCCUUCUUUGGAGAGAUGGCCACUCUGUUGGAUACCCACACUUCCACUUCCUCUCUUGACACCUUGGGAAAAACUUCAGAUCUUUCUCAACAAAGGGAUAGUAGUGUUAAAAUUGAGGAACCAGAGAAUAAGGAACCUGAGGAGGGGACAGAAGAUUGUGAUGGUGAUGAAAUGAUUGACAAGGAACUGACCCCAAAGGGCAAGAUGCCAGGCUCCCAAGGCCCUUUCUCUAGCAGCUCAGAUCCCAAAUCCAAAGUGACCCAUCAAGAGAAGUCAGGGAAAAGCUCAUGGAACACAGAUCUCCAUAGUUUGGAGGAAAGAGAAAGCAGCAAAGACUCACACCCCAACAAGGAUCAAGGAAAUCCUCAUCAGACUCAAGCAAAGAAGGAAGUGAAAGACUGGGAAGACCAAGAACUGGGCAGUGCAGAGGAUGGGAAAUAUGCAGGAGUACAUUGGAGCUAUGAAGAAACCAAGAUCUUUCUGGCAAUUCUCAGUGAGGCUUCAUUUUCUGAGAAACUCCGGACCUGUCAUAGAAACAGCCAAGUAUACCGUGCCAUUGCCGAGCGGCUGCAGGAGCAUGGCUUCCUCCGGACACUGGAGCAGUGUCGGUACAGAUUCAAAAACCUCCAGACUAGCUACCGGAAAGCAAGAACCAGUCACCCCCCAGGAACCUGUCCCUUUUAUGAAGAAAUAGCAGCCUUAAUGCAUGCCCGAGCUGCCAUUAAACCAACUUACACUGUGAAGGAGAUCAUCUGUCCUCUAGAGAGGACAAGUGGAGAUUCUGACUCCCAGGGACAGGAGCCAGAGGACUGGGAACAAGGAAACCCUGGGAAGAGGCCCACAGUCAAAGACUGUGAAAAGAAUGAAAUGAGCCUCCAGGUGUUCACCCAAGAGCCCAAAGGUUCCAGGGCCACAGCCCUUUUCCAGAAUCGAACAGGUGUGCACUGGGGCUAUGAGGAAACCAAGGCUUUUCUGGCAAUCCUCAGUGAAUCUGAGUUUUAUGAAAAGCUCCGGACUCGCCACCCCAACCGGCAGGUGUACCAGGCCAUUGCUGAGCGUCUGCGUGAGAAAGGCUUCCUGCGGACACUGGAACAAUGUCGGACAAAGUUCAAUAGCCUCCAGACAAGCUACAGGAAGGCAGGAAGCAGCCAUGCCCCAGAGACCUGUGUUUUCUAUGAAGAGAUGGAUGCCCUGGUGAAUGCCCACACAGCUGCAGAAGCUGCCAGCAUCCUGAAGCAGGUGACUCACCACCCCAGGGAAGCCAGCAGUGAUGCUGACCCUGAAGAGCAGGAGCAGAAAUGUUGGCACAGUGAAGAGGCACUGGGAGAUUGUGACAGUGAUGAAGCAGCAACCAAAGAAGCCAAGAAUCCUAGGGUCCCUGGUCUCUUCCAAGUCUCAGCUGAGUUGAGGAUCCAAAGUAAGAACAAGGAGGAGACUCAAAAACAGAGCAUUUCUGAGAAAAGGCAACCCCAUGAAUCAGAAGGGGUUGUACCUCAGCUUCCUAAUGGGGAGGAAAACUGUGAAAACGAGUACAAACCAGAGAGACCACUAGAGAGAGACAUGAGUGAAAGACAAGGAAAACUGACUUCUAAAGAGGAUUUACCAAAACCCACUACUCAGAAAGGGUCCUCUGCAGAAGGAAAGCCAUACAAAUGCCUUGAAUGUGAGAAGAGUUUUAGUUGGCGGUCACAUCUGGCCACACACCAGAGAACACACACAGGAGAAAAACCCUAUAAGUGUCUUGAAUGUGGAAAAAGUUUCAGUUGGCGGUCACACCUCAACACCCAUCUGAGAAUACACACAGGAGAGAAACCAUAUAAAUGUCUAGAUUGUGGCAAGAGCUUCAGUGAUGGAGCAGGCCUCACCGCACACCGGAGAAUCCACACCGGAGAAAAACCCUAUCAGUGUGAAGCAUGUGGCAAGAGCUUCAGGCUUAGCCCGAGCCUGGUUGUGCACCAAAGGAUCCACACAGGGGAGAAACCUUAUAAGUGCAGUGAAUGCGGAAAAGGCUUCAACAACAGCUCACAUUUUAGUGCCCAUUGGCGGACCCACACAGGCGAGAAGCCUCAUGAGUGCCCUGAAUGUGGGAAAAGCUUCAGUAAGGGCUCUGCCCUCAACAAACACCAGAGAAUCCACAUGCGGGAAAAGUUCCCACUGCGGCUUAGGCACCGCUGUACAUCAGAAAGUCUGUGUGGGAAAAGUUCUAUAAAUGCACUAGGAACAGGGAAACCUUCCAACAGAGAUUACAGCUUCUAAUCUGCCCUGUUUUUGUCCAUGAACCGUGUUUAACAUUGUUAACAUUGUUAAUAAUAUAUGUUAAAUUAUGUAAUAACAUAAGAACAUUGUGGAAGGAGCACCAUGAUGGAAGACAGGAAA